UUGUAGAUAACAAAAUAACUGAUGGAUCUCUACUGAUGUUUGACGACGCAGAUCUUGUCGAAAUCGGAAUCACAGCCAAAGGUCCACGGAAGAUAAUACUUGCCUCAAUCGAAAAGAUACGCACCACUUGUGAUUCGCAGCUUGCUUCAAUGGAAAUCGAAAAAACUCCUGAAGAGCUGCUAAGAGAUGUUCUAAUACAAGACCCGAAAUUUCGUUGCUUUGUUUACGACGAACUGGAUCGCAACAUAGUACCCUGCGAAAAAAAUUUGCGUUUGAUGGUCCGGAUUUUAUGUCAACGGUUUGAGAAAAUAAUUUACGACAAAAAAGGAUAUCCAUCUUCGAAUGAGCAGUGGAUAUUGGCCAAACAGAUUAUCAGAGCAUUUCCGCAACUAGCAAACACACGGACUAGCGAGAAUGCUCCAGAUGAGUCUGCUUUUUUCUGGUGGCACAGUGGCAAAUCUACGGGUCAGCAUAGCGGCUAUAUCUUCCACAGAGUGCGUAACAUAAUCAAAGGAUUGCCGAAGGAAAUGAAAAAGUAUAAACGACCGGAUAUUACCAACAAAGCACAAAAUUCUGUUCCUACCGCGCUUGUACAACGAGCUACUGAUUUGGCAGAGCUUUAUCCGGAUUCUCAAAACAACGCCGAAAUAACUCGAGGAAUGGAAGAAUGUUUUCCUCUUCACCAACUUUUGUUGAAAGAGCAAAAGUCGGUGAAAGAUAUGCUAUCUACACUGCCACAUUUGGCUUCAUAUAAUGGCACUAUGAUACAUGACGCGUUUUACCGAUUGAAUCCCACAGCUCCGAAGCAACUAGAGUUGGCAUCAAUUUUGGGAAGAGGGCUUUUGUUGACACCAGGGAUUUUUAAAGAAGUUGAAGAUGGUAAUCUGUAA